AGAAUACCAUGGUGAUGAUAUACAGGAUGAAGAAGUAUAUCAGGCACAAGGAUCUGAUGGUCAUCUCCCUGAGUUGGAAGAUGAGCUUGAACUUUUUCAUGAUUUUGAGGUUGGCACAAAAGAGCCAAUAAUUGGAAAGAAUGAUGAUGUGACCACUGAAGAGGAAGGGAACACAGAUGAUUCAGACUACCCAACUACUGUCCUUGACCUUAACCCAACUAGCCCACUGCCCACUGGAAAAUACACAGGAAAUAAAACAGAAAAUUUUAGCUCAAGAAAUACCCCAAGUGAUUCAGGUCUCUCAAGUUCAGUGCCCGAUAGUGCGAAUAGUUCAAAUAUUUCUGAUGCUUCUUGCAAUUAUGAAACUUUGAAUAAUACAAAUAAUUUUGAUGCUUCAAGCAAUUAUGAAACUUUGAAUAACCCAAAUAAUUUUGAUGCUUCUAGCAAUUAUGAAACUUUGAUUAACCCAAAUAAAAAUAACCCAUAUGAUUUUCGCACCCCUAUAAGGUAUGAAACCCUUCCUAGCCCAGAUGAUUUAAGUGUUCCUACUGGGAAUCCAAUCCUCAAUAGCCAUGACUAUGUUAUUAGUACUCUAAGGUCUCAAACUUUCAAUCAAAGUGUCCAAAGUCUUUUGCCCAAUAAUUUCCAAAAUGUCCUUGGUAAUAGUUCUACAAACCAAUCAGAUGCUGACAUAGAGGGUAGCUCUAGCAAUGGUGAUUCUACACACGAGGAUGGUUACUCUCCCAGCCAGAAUACUGAUGGAGAGAGCCAAGCAGAAGGCGCAUCAAAUAACGAGGGGCAACACGAGUUUUCCUUGGUUAUUGGUUACAGACCCAUUCAGGAGUCUUUCUCUGAAGGCACUGGCAAUCCAUUGGUGUCUGAGAGAGGACAAGAGAUUACCACAGAGGAGGACAGUGAAAACCCAUCUUUGUGGACAUUUUAUCAUUUCAAUAUUGCCCCUUAUGCUUAUCAAUAGUUAUACAACAGUGAAAAAGCAACUACAAUUGGACAAUCAACAUGAUAAAAAAAUGCAAAAAUAUGUAUAUAGAUAUAUAGUCUGCUUAGAUAAAUAAAAC